AUGCCAUGUCGCCAUCGCCCUCGCCCCGAUAACAACCCCCUUAAGACAUACGACUACCUCUUCAAGCUCCUCCUGAUCGGUGAUUCCGGUGUCGGAAAGUCUUGUCUGUUACUCCGAUUCGCAGACGACACUUACACCGAGAGCUACAUCUCGACCAUCGGUGUCGACUUCAAAAUCAGAACCAUCGAGCUCGAUGGAAAGACCGUGAAGCUCCAGAUCUGGGACACUGCAGGCCAAGAGCGCUUCCGUACCAUCACCUCGUCUUACUACCGCGGUGCACACGGUAUCUGCGUUGUCUACGAUGUUACCGACAUGGACUCGUUCAACAACGUCAAGCAGUGGCUUCAGGAGAUCGACCGCUACGCUACCGAGGGCGUUAACAAGCUCCUCGUUGGCAACAAGAGCGAUAUGACCGACAAGAAGGUCGUCGAGUACGCAGUCGCAAAGGAAUUCGCCGACAGCCUCGGCAUCCCCUUCCUCGAGACUUCGGCCAAGAACGCAUCCAACGUCGAGCAGGCCUUCUUGACCAUGGCUCGCCAAAUCAAGGAACGCAUGGGUAACACCACUGUCAACAACAAGCCCACCGUUCAAGUCGGCCAGGGCGCCAACGUCCAGAGCGGUAGCGCUGGCGGCUGCUGUUAA